AUGUUUUUUGCAACCGAUUUAAACAUUAAAAUUAUUCGACCCAAGCCUCUUGGAAAAUUCACCAUUAUUAUUUUAUUUUACCUUUUUAGUUUUAUCUCCACAGCACAAGCUUUAAUUAUAUACAAUUCAACUGAUAAUACUUUUAAAUGUUAUUCUAAUGGUGAGAUAACUGAUAAUCUUUCUAGUUGCAAAGAAUAUCAGGGAUAUGACUUACUUGAUGUUACAUUAUCAACAUUUCUACCAGCAUUUAUUUAUAUUUGCUUCUCCAAAGAUUUAAAAGACACAACAUUUACAAAAGCUGUGAGGUUUUUUGUAGGCUUUACCACAAAUUUAUAUAUGACGUUUAUAGUAAUCUACUCUUUUUUGGCUCUUAAAAGUGAUAUUAACAUUAAGCCUCCUUGGACAAUAACAUUUAUAUGUUGUAGUGUUUCUGUUUUCAUAAACAGUUUAUUAUAUGUUUUAUUUAGGAUACUUGAUAAGCAGAAAGAGUUUUUGUAUAGUAAAAAUCAUUUUAUGAUGUUUGUUAGGGUUUUAAGUAAUCUAAUUAACAUUUUCCUAAUUAUUUUAGUUUAUCUUUUUCUGAUUACAAACCGUGAUAGCAUUACAACUGAGAUGUUAAUAUGGAUUUUCAUCAUUUCAAUAGCAUCAUUAAUUACUUCGAUAGCAAUAGUUUUGUAUUGCAAAAUGAAAGGAGGUUCUCUUGGUGCUCAAAUGGAUAGAUUUAGAAAUAAAAUCGUUGGACAUGUGCUCUACACAUGUAUCAUAACUAUGAUAUUGGCUUCACAUGCUAUCCUUGCUCUAGAGAUUGCCUUUUGGUUCGAUUUGAAUAGUUAUCUAAGUAAAUUAUUGUGGAAUGUAACAGCAUUAAGAUUUACUAUGACAAUUUUGGCUUAUCAAGAGCCAGUACCUGAAACUUCAAUUAGAAUAAUUGAGGAUGUUGAAAAUGUGAAUGUGGAUGUGGAUGUGGAACAAAAUAAAAAAAUUUCUGAUGAAAAAGGAUAA